CAUUUUUCAAUUCAUUUCAGUUUCAACCGUACAACCCAGUGCGAGUGCAUCCGUGCGAUAUAUACGCGAUCCGCCCGUUAGUAGCAAGAUAUCCAUACACUACCCAGAGCACACACUGUUCCGACUGUUCCUGGCUGACUGCUGGUUGGUGAUUGGUAGAUGCAGGAGGGGCGUUUUGUUUUAUUACGGGGCGGCAGGGAAUCAAUACGUGCGAAAGAAGAAACUGCUGCUCUCAGACACACGGGAAGAAGCUCCGAAGGCAGCGAAGAUUUAAUGAGUUUCCGUUAGUGUUAUUAGAAAUUUUUAAGUGUUACGCAUCGUUACAGUUAAAUUUGAUUCGCGUGUUUUGAAGUUUAGUUUUCUUUCCUUCUGCGGUCGAACUCUAUUGCAAAGAAGUGUGUUCUUGGGAAAGAGGCGUAUUGGGUUUGUUCGUUCUUCUCGGCUCGGCAGAAGAAGUGUUGAGUAAUCAAAACUUAGCAGGGGGUGUUGGCGACGCAAUAGUGCCUACCGAGAGCCUUGCUUUUCUUCCUGGGGAGAAAGGAAGCGAGAGUGUGGUGCAUGACACGUACAUUUGUCAAUUGUGCAUGGAAGAAGAAAAACACGACGCCUGUGGGUUCCGGUAACCAGUGAAAAAUUCGGAGAAACACAUACCAACUUGGACGCGAGGUUCCUCCUCCUUCACUUCACUCAGUGUAGUCUCGGUCGUAUUUGGAUAAUCGAAACGCAGUAGCAGCAGCAGCAGCAAAAACAGCAAACAAAGUACGCUGUGUGACACAGAGUCAAUUUUCCAUAUCAGAGCACGAGUUGUGUUGAGCUUGCGUUAUACUUUCCUGUCUGUGAUGAUGACGAUGAUGAUGGCUAACAGCAACGACGCCAUAUAAGGGUUAUUACUAGCAACAAACAACACAAUUAAGGCGUCCGUUUCUCAGUGUCUGUGAUCUGACUACUUCGAUUUUGGAGUGCACUACGAUUUCUUGUUUCUAAUUGAUUGAAAUUGACAGUUGUUUCCCGUACAUUGUUGCCUCUCUCUCUGUGUGUGAUUUACCCGUGUGUGUAUAUGUGCGUAAUUGCUUUUGAUUAAAUGUGACACAAUCUGGAAGCUUUUCGGACUUCCACGAGGUUUGCUGAAGCCCUCGAAAUCGACCAUAGAGAAAGAACCUGUCCAGAGGCACCAUCACCACCACCAACUGCUACCGGAGCACAGAGCCAUCACCUUCCUCUCGCGGGUCGCGUCUCGUGGAAAUCAUGAAAACGAAUGUCACCAGAGCGGCAUCCUUCCCACGACGGUGGAGACGGUGAAGGUGAAGGCGGAGGGGGAGCAAUUAUCGGUGGGCAAGUUACAGUGGAAACUUCCACACCGAAAUCCAGCCCAAUAAUAACUAUAGGUCAAUUAGACGCGACGUCGUCGUCAACUGGCUCCAGCAUGGUCCUCUCGUCGAUGCCGGUGGAAGCGAAUAAGCUUAUUCUGCAGCAACAUUUGGCACACCAGCCGCAACCUCAGCAGCAACAGCAGCAUCACAUCAUUACUACAAGUAACACCAAUCAGAACCACAACAACAGCAACGGCAGUGCAAUCAGUGCAACCAGCAGUGGCAGCAGUAAUCAUAGCAUAAUAAUCAACAACAACACUAGCUUUAAGAACCACAACAACAAUAAUAUCAUAAUCAGCGGUAGUGGCGUUAGUGGCGCUAACAGUAACAAUCACACCUACACGAUUAAUCUAAGCAGUAGUCACAACGGUCACGCAGUGAUCGCGAACGGUGGCGCGGUGCCAAUCCAGAGCUACGCCCCCAUCGUCUCCACAAACAACAGCAGCAGUAGCAGUAUAACUGCGAGCGCCGGUAAUCACAGUCAUCAUCACCUGGGGCAGCAGCAGCAACACUUUCAUCAUCUGCAUCCUGCGUCAAACGGUACUACAAUCAUCAAUCCUAACAUGACAACGGUCCAUAGCAACGGUUUAACUACGGCGACGACAACGGUGAUGGCGUCAUCGGCGGUGCCAGCGUCCUCACCCCUGUCCUCGGGCCCAACGUCCAAGCUGGUCGUGCUGCAGCAAGGACACCUUGGCGAAAAUUAUAUAACCACCACGGACGGAAUGAACGGUGUCGGCAACAUUGUCCUGCUCGCGACGGAGCAGAUGGAUAUGAGCGGCACGGAGCAUGACAUUAUCAACAACAAUGUGGUCAUCACCAGCAGCAGCAACUGUUACAGCAAUCACAAUGGUGGUGGUGGUCAGAUCGGCAGUAGUGUCAUCGGCGCCAGCAACCAUCAGUACACUAUCCGAAAUGGAACGACCUCCAACGGGGUAGUUGUGAACGCGGAUGAGGAGCUCACCCCACUCACGUGGCUCCACGAUAAAAAUCUGCUGAAAGGUAUAAAUCUGUCCAAAGUCCCAGUGUCAUCUCCGGACAGUCCUCGACAGGCAGGUGGACACCUUUCUCCGACUAGCGACUUUGUUGAAGAUUCCAGCGUUUCGGAGGACAAUACGUCCUCCGCCAACUCAUCGUCCGAGCAGAGCAUUGGCGUCUACUGCACCGAGACAGCCCAUCCCAUUGGUCGACCUCUGCCGAUUACGGCAACUACCCAUCACCAUACGUUCCAGUUGAGCAACGGAGGUCACAAGACGAUCACCACCAUCAACGGGGAUACUAUUAUCGAGUAUCCGAUGGUUGCAUCCGACGAGAAGGAACUAAAGUCUCCCUCGUCGACGGUUUCCUGUGCGUCCUCCUCGUCGUCCUCGUCGACUAGUUCCUCGCUGUACAGUUCCUCCCCCUCACCAAAUCCAACCAGUGCCCUAUCGUCUCACAACGGAAGCAAUAGUGGGGCCAGUACGCCCCACCAGCACUUCCACAAGAAGUACCUGCGGGAGGAACACGUGAAGCAGUUGAAGCAAGGCAGCAACUCGUACGUGACACCGGUCAAACAGCACACGAGUACAAUCAAAUACGAGGAGAGCGAGUUGUGUGAUGAGCGCAAUUAUCCUCAGGCCUCGAUUAAGAAUGGAUACAAUAGCAGUGAAGAGUACAGUGGCGGUCCGUACGGUGGUGGUAUGAAGCCACCGUCGCCACCUCUUUCACCGCACCAGAUGCACAGCGCAGGAUCCAUUUCUGGCAUUCAUGAACUCCCACAGCAGCCGUCAUUGUCUCCUCAACCGUCGCCGGUGAGUAACGGUGGUCAGCAGCAGUCGAAGCUGUCGCCUCCGAAGGCCAAACAUCCAACCAACUUGCCAUACGAUCCACAGGUUCAUGUUCACAGUAAACCGCCAUUCAGCUUCAGCUCGCUUAUCUUUAUGGCGAUCGAGAACUGUCAGCAGAAGGCGCUCCCAGUGAAGGAGAUUUACGCCUGGAUCGUUCAGCACUUUCCGUACUUCAAGACUGCCCCAACUGGUUGGAAGAACAGCGUCCGACAUAACCUCUCGCUGAACAAAUGCUUCCAGAAGGUGGAAAAGGCGGCUAACCUCGGCAAAGGAUCACUCUGGAUGGUUGAACCACAGUAUCGGCCCAAUCUGAUUCAGGCCCUAUCGCGGUCACCCUUCCAUUCCGGGUCCGGAAUCGACAAGACUACCUACAAGGCGAUGCAACAGCAGGCUCAGCAGCAAGCACAACAGCAACAGCACCAACGUUCGACCGAUAGUCCCACGAGUAGCAUUGGUAGCAGUUAUUCUAAGGACAAUUUUCCCUAUCUCGCAAGUCGGUUGACUCCCAUCGACCCCCAGAACGGAGUCCACCUGCAUCACCUUCACCAGCAGCAGCAUCCGGAUCUGGAUGGUGACGAUUUCAGUCGGUCGUCCACGCCAAUCGAUUAUGACGGGGGAGAUUUGCCACAGCACCACCCGGCGGUACCCGGAACGUACCAUGUAACAUACCAUCACCAUAGUGGUGGUGGCGGCGGCGGCGGCGGUAACGGCGUUGGUAGUGGGCUUGGAACAAUGGUUUCACCGGCGGGUGCGAUCGCAAAUGGCUACACGACCGGCGGACAUGUCGGAAAUUCGGGAAGUCUUACAGCAGGGAGGAGUGUUCCGACAGGGGAAACAGGUACACGUGACUGGAGUGCGGACACGAUCGAAGAUGUGAACGCAGCGACCGCAAUGUUAGCACUGAAGCAUGGACCAAAAAUAUUCACCGAUGGUGGUUUCCAGAAUGGAACAAAUCCGGUGAUCACUACCUCGCCAAGCGAGGACCACACCUACUCGGCAGGUGACCCUACCACAGCAAGCGGACGUUCCAGUCAGAACAAUAGUGACAACAAUAGCAACGAAACGCUGUCGGAUGCUGCUUACGAGAGCAGUGAGGAAAGCCAAAAUCCACAAGCUUCGGAAGAGCUGGAAGAACAACGUCGUCAGGCGGGGGUUGAUGCGCUUCUCAACCUGGCGGGUAUCACCAACUAUUCCUCGACCACCAUUCAGUCGAUAUCGUCCUCGCUGAAGAGACCCGCCUCGUCGGUAUUUGAAGCGGAUCGACAGUCACCGUAUCACCAUCACCACCAGCAGCAACAGCAGCGACUGGAGAGCACCCCGCCGUCCGGAUACAGCAUUGUGGUGCAGCAACAGCAGCAGCAACAAUCCUAUCGCGAUUCCUACUACGCACCGGACGAUCUCAGCCAGUACUCGUCGCCAUCGCCACCGAAGAAGAGCAAAUCUUCCUCGUCGUCACGGAUGCUCAAAAAGUUCAAAAAGAAGGCUUCCUGGGUGCGGUAAUAUAAUGCCGGAGGGAGGAGAAAACGGGAAAAAGUAGCAGCGGGAGAGCUAUCACCAUCACCAAGUGCGAAUAGUAGUAAGAAACGGAAGGCAGAAAAGCAGGAGAAGUCAGUUAGCUGGGAAAUGUGAGACAUUUUGAGGGCGGUUUUUUGGUGGCUUGUUGUGGGCGAUCGUGUCGGGAUUUGAUAGUGGGUAGUGUUAUUGUGGCUUGUAUUCGGGAAAAAUUUUCUCAGUUUGUUUCGCAAUCUGCUUGCUGAUUCAAUUUUCUUUCGGCGCUAGAUAUCUUUUUCUAGAUACCUUAGGU